AUGGAUAACACUGGUAAUAAUUUGGAACUUCCAAUCAACCAGAGAAGGGGCUACAGAAUCUAUCCCAGAUAUGUCCUUUGGUACAACUUUUGUAUAUCCUAGGGAAUACUGGAGCUGGGAAGAUUAAAAGAGGCUUAUAAAUUGCUUAUUCUAAUAUGAAUGAUAAGGUCAAAAGUUACUGGUUGUUCCUCAUGUAUUUAAGAAUUAAUUUUUACCCUCAGCUGAGGUACCUCUUAGAGAUCCUUUUGCAGGUUGUAUCCAGGUCUUUAAGAAGUCAGUGCAGCCCUGGGUCUUGGGUUGUGUGCCCUCUUCCCUCCCAUAGACUGAUGCUGUUUACAACUUUACCAAGACAAGGCUAAAGUAUGUGAACAAGAGAUCUCAGAGUUUAUUUUGGCAGUUAAAAGUACAAUACUUGAGUGUGGCUCUGUGCUCCAUUUGAUAUGGUGUGCUGCCAUCUACAGGACACAUGGGAAUCCUGGUGUUUAUAUGCUGUUUUAAGCAUAGAGUUUCACGGAAUCAGAUAAUGUCUCAGUAGAGGGGCAGAGUGAAGCAGGAAGGAGUGAUCCAUAAUAAACAAACUCCACUCUUGAUUUUGUCAGAUGGGAAUAUUAGUGCUGGCCAUUGGUUCAGUUCUGUUCUCCAGUAAUAUUCGGAAAUAGCCUAUCGCCAGGGAGCCAGAAGAGAGUAGCAAAAUGAUGCCUCUUCUCUCAAGUAAUAAAAGCAGUUUUUUUUUUUAAAUGGAAAUGGGAAGUCCCUUGGUAGCAGAACCAGUGGGAAAACUUCAGUGCACCCAGGGAUGACUAAAUAGCAAUAAAGAAGUGCCAUAACCCAGGUCUCUUUCCUGAAGAACACUGUCUGAGGCAGGGGCUAGCAAAGUCCUACAAUAUGCAGACAGAUUCCUUUAUGGAAAGCAGGCUUAUGGUCCCAGCAGCUAGAAAGGUGGGGUAUGCCCACAGCAGCCUAAAAUGACCAGUUGGUGCUGGGCAGAUGUCACCCCCAACUGUACCAGCAACCACAUCAUUGAUGAAGCUUUCCAUAUCAUGUCAGGAGAAAAGAAGAGAAGUUAAAGAUAACUAUAGACUGCCUCAAGCAAGGGGCUGAGGAUCAGACAAAGGCAGCAUCAUACCAAAUAAUUACUGGGGAUAUUCUUUCUGCAGUUGGCGGGAUGAGGCUAUAAAAUAUCUUUGAUUGACUUAGCCUUAGGACCACUCUACAGCAGUGGUCCUCAACCUUCCAGCUUUGCAGACCGCUGGGGAGAGGGAGAGGGGUGAGAGGUAAUGGUUUUAGGCAACCGGCAGGUGCGCGCGCUCACACGCGCAGCAUUUACACAGGCGGCGGAGACUAUCGCACGUGUGAAGCUCCAAUUGUGCCCGCUGUUCACAAAAACGGAACUUCAUGCACACGCGCGAGUGCCCGCCGCUCGCGCAAAUGGAGCUGCGCGCACGCGCUUACCACUUUGCGCGGCCCGGGGGUUGAGGGGGACCCCUGAUUUAGAGGAAGGCCACGUCUAGCCUUGUAACUCAGGAGAUUUCAUCCACUUGUUUACACCAUUUUAAGAUCGUUCUGGUGAGGAAAAUAAGGUUCUUUGACCAUAUGUUAGAUAUAUCAUAUUCUUUAUAGUUGAAUGUAACUGUGAGCGACUGCGUUCACAUUUAAUCUCAGUUGAAUCUUUUUCUCAGAAACGACUGCUGCUGUGACAGGGAAAACUGAACGUGAAGCUACACCGCUCGCUUUAACAUUUUCAAAUUCCCCAUCGGACCUUCUUCGCGCCUUUGCCCAAAAGGCACUAGGUCUCGCGGCGCCGCACUUCGUGAAACGUAACGGGUAACCUUCCCGAGUUGCCUAGCAACUGCGAACGCCCUGAACUGCAUCAAUCAGCAGGCGAUGGAGUAAACAAAAAGCACAUGGGCAGCUACGGCGGCGAAUCCCCGAGUUGGGAGGUUUAUUACGCCACCAAUGGAAUGUGAGAACGGGAACAGGGCUGGAUUGUGAGGCGGAGAAGAUUCCGGUCGCAAGGAGGGCGAGAGACGCCCUGCUUUAUGCCGGCUUUAAGAAGUAACGGGUGCAUGAAAAGCUUCCAUAAAUCGGAUCCCAUUAGUGAGAGAAUAGAAUAUUCUUAAGAAUAUUAGAGAAAAAGCAUAGUAAUAUUAGUCCUAGAUUGCUUUUUUUUAAGGAUGUAAUUCUUUUUGCCGCGGAAAAGAAUCUUUCUUGUGAAGAAGAAAGAUCCUUUAGUGAUAGAAGUACUUUCCUAACCAGAAGGUUAUAUUUUCUAAGAGUCAGUAUAUGAGCACAGAUUUAUAUAGUUACAUUACAAGCAGAUUUUAUAUAUUUAUUUUUUAAAGACAUUUUCAAGUAAUUGUCCCACUCAGAAUUUGUUACCAAAAUGUCUAUCAAAGUCACAUUGUAUGAACUGGCGGAUCUCUCCAUAGGGACUCCGGAGGUUGGCGUUAUCAAUUUCAAUGCCCUCCAUGCUCUCCUACAUGCUGUCAUCAGCUACCUCAACAUUCAAGAUAUCAAAGCAGAUGUCAAGGUGGGCAGAGGUCCUCCAACCAAGCCAGAGAUGCACUUGCUUUCUGCUGCAACUGAGGCAGGACCUAGUGAUUUAUUGGGCCAAGAGGCAUUACCAAAAGAGAAGGAGGACAAGGAAAGCAAGGAAGGCAUUUUGAGAGAAGAGCCGGAUUCUCGGCUUGCUGACUUGGAAAAGAAACUAAAGCUGAUGGAGACGAAUCUCCGUGGGGUGAAAGGUCAGAUUAAAGGGAUAGAAGGCCAAGUCCAAGGGGCAUUAGGUCAUGUCCAAGAAGUAGAAAAUCAAGUCAGUGGGAUGCAAAAUCAAAUUCAGGGAAUACAAAAUGAGGUCCAUGGAGUGCAAGAUCAAACUCAGGGAGUGCAGGAUAAAGUGAAAAGAAUGGGGAAAGACCUCGUAGGGUUUGAAAAGCAGAUUGCUGGACUGGAGAAGCUUCCUUCGGGGACUGAACUGAUAGAGAAGACCCAAAGUGGAUCUGGCACAGCUGUAUCUGACAUGUGGCAAAUGAUGCAGAUGCAGAAAAAGAUUGAAGCCAGUGAGAAUGGAAUCAACCAGGCUAUGUCCCUCUUACAAGAUUUAGUGGAUGAGACAAGCAACAUGAAAUCAGCCACAGGCAACUUGGAGGACGAAGUAAAGAAAAUCAAAGAGCACUUAGCUUUUCUAGAUCCUCAUGGGUUUGAUGAUCGUUUAAAUACUUGCCUGAGCGAUCAGAGUAGUUUGGAUCAUGAUUUGAAAGAUUUAGAGAAGAGGUUAAACCAAUUCCCAUCCCCAGAAGAAAUGGUACGGUGGGAAGUUCUUGAAGAUAUCCUUGUGAAGGGCAAGAGCCCUUCUCCUGAGACAAGUCCAGUCCAACACUCUCCAACUGAUUCAACCUCACCAGAAGGCAAAACUGUGGGAUCUCAGCCUGGCACUGCUGCCCAGAGAACAGAAGGAGGCCAGAGCCCACCAACUAGACUACCAGGAGCUCAGGCCAGAGCACCAGGGGCUCCAAGUGGAGCAGCUGUCCCUGGAGCACUGCCAGGCAUUGCUGGGGUUCCAGGACCAUUUGCACCUCAGUUUGGAGCAGUUGGGGCAUAUCCUGGGGCACCUGGAGCCCAGGCUCCCUUUCCUGGAGCACCUGGGACCUAUCCUGGGGCACCUGGAGCCCAGGCUCCCUUUCCUGGAGCACCUGGGACCUAUCCUGGGGCACCUGGAACCCAGGCUCCCUUUCCUGGAGCACCUGGGACUUAUCCUGGGGCACCUGGAGCCCAGGCCCCCUUUCCUGGAGUACCUGGGACCUAUCCUGGGGCACCUGGAGCCCAGGCUCCCUUUCCUGGAGCACCUGGGACCUAUCCUGGGGCACCUGGAGCCCAGGUUCCCUUUCCUGGAGCACCUGGGACCUAUCCUGGGGCACCUGGAGCCCAGGCUCCCUUUCCUGGAGCACCUGGGACCUAUCCUGGGGCACCUGGAGCCCAGGCCCCCUUUCCUACAGCACCUGGGACUUAUCCUGGGUCCCAGGGUCCCUAUCCUGGUAUACCUGGGGUUCAACCUGCACAUCCUUGGGUUCCAGAGGCCCAGCCUGGAGGUCCUGGAGCCCCCUAUUCUGGGGCACCUGGGGCCCAGCCUGGAGGUCCUGGAGCCCCCUAUCCUGGGGCACCUGGGGCCCAGCCUAGAGGUCCUGGAUCCCCCUAUCCUGGAGCACCUGGGGCCCAGCCUGGAGGUCCUGGAGCUCAAGCACCAUAUCCUGGGGCACCUGGGGCCCAGCCCGGAGGUCCUGGAUCCCCCUAUCCUGGGGCACCUGGGGCCCAACCUGGAGGUCCUGGAUCCCCCUAUCCUGGAGCACCUGGGACCCAGCCUGGAGGUCCUGGAGCUCCAUAUCCUGGGGCACCUGGGACCCAGCCUGGAGGUCCUGGAUCCCCCUAUCCUGGGGCACCUGGGACCCAGCCUGGAGGUCCUGGAGCCCAAGCACAAUAUCCUGGGGCACCUGGGGCCCAGCCUGGAGGUCCUGAAGCCCAAGCACCAUAUCCUGGGGCACCUGGGGCCCAGCCUGGAGGUCCUGAAGCCCAAGCACCAUAUCCUGGGGCACCUGGGGCUCAGCCUGGAGGUCCUGUAGCCCAAGCACCAUAUCCCGGAGCACCAGGAGCCCAGCUUGGAGGUCCUGGAGCCCAAGCACUAUAUCCUAGGGCACCUGGGGCUCAGCCUGGAGAUCCUGGAGCCCAAGCACCAUAUCCCGGAGCACCAGGAGCCCAGCCUGGAGAUCCUGGAGCCCAAGCACCCUAUCCUGGGGCACCUGGGGCUCAGCCUGGUGAUCCUGGAGCUCAAGUGCCCUAUCCUGGAGCAAUUGGGGCCCAGCCUGGAGGUCCUGGAGCCCAAGUGCCCUAUCCUGGAGCACCUGGGACCCAGCCUGGAGAUCCUGGAACCCAAGCACCCUAUUCUGGAGCACCUGAGGCCCAGUCUGGAAGUCCUGGAGCCCAGACUCCAUAUCCUGAUGCACCUGGAGCUCAAGCCCCAUAUGCUGAGGUUUCAGGGGCCCAACCUGGGGCUUCUGGGGCCCAAGUUUCAUAUCCUGGAGCCCAACCUGGAGUUUCUGAAGGCCAACCACCCUAUCCUGGAGCACCUGGUGCUCAAGCUCCAUAUUUGGGGGAUUCAGGGGUCCAACCUGUGGCUCCUGGAGCUCAGCCUGGUGUUCCUGGGGCCAAGCCUGGAGUUCCUGGAGUCCAGUCAUCUUAUCCUGAAAUAUCGGGGGUCUAUCCUGGGGCACCUGGGGCUCAAGCUCCAUAUCCCGGUGUUCCAGGGGCCCAACCAGAUGCUCUUGGUGCCCAACCUGGUGCUCCUGGUGCCCAAUCUGGUGCUCGUGAUGUUCAACCUGGUGCUCCUGGGACCCAGCCUGGUGUUCCUAGGAUUGAGGCAGAGUAUCCUGGUGCUCCUGGGGUUCAACCAGUCUACCCUGAAGCUUUAACUGGGACACAACCCGGAUAUCCUGGUGCCCCUGGAGUCCCAACUGGAUAUCCUGGCCAGCCUGGAGUGCCCGGGCUCUUUCCACCUGGAUUUCAACACCCUGCCUUACUUGCUGCUCCAGCAGAUCAGUUGACUGUGCAACCUGUGCCAGGUGUUGGAGCUACACCCCCAUCAUCUCCUUUCCUCCCCUCGACCACUCCUAUGGGGUAUUCUGAGACGCCUUCCUCUUCGACCAAUUUGGCUCCAGUUCGCUAUGCGGAGACCCUGGAUGCCCUGCGCUCCCUUUCCCAGCUGAAUGACCUCUACCAAACUCUCAGAGACCAGAUCGCCAUGCUGGACUACUACAAGUGUGGCCAUUCUGAUCUCCGCAGGCUACAGGACUUCCUCACUGAUGCACUUUACAAGACCUUUGCUACCAUUCCACCUAAUCUGUCAGAACAACUUAAUGCUAUGCGUUCCUUGGAAGAAGACUUCAAAUCUGAGAAAGAGGUGUUGAGGAGGAUUCAGAAUGCAAUUGAAGGAGAAUCGCCGGGAGAAGAGGCAGAGAAAAUAGAGGGAGCUAGUCAGAUCACCUUGCAAAUAGGUUAUCUCAGAGCAACAGUGCAGGAUAUAGAGAAAGAGCUAAAGGAGCUGAGACAGAAACAAGAUACGGGGAAAGCCACAUUGGAGCAAUCAAUGACGGACAAUGCCUAUUACCUCCAGGAGCAGUUAGACAAGCUUAGAUCUGUCAUAGAGAACAUGAUGUCCUCCUCGUCAACCUUGCUGUCCAUGAGCAUGCCACCCAUCCCAGAGUCUGGUGCAGCUCAAGUCCAAAGCACGUGCGCAGCCUGCAGCUUAGAUGUCAGUGAGAAGGUUAGCCAGUUGUUCAAGCGCUACGAGCAGCUGCAGGACUCAGUCAACAACUUCAUGUUGAGGCAGGCAGAAAGCAAGACGAAGAAACCCAGGCAACGCCAGGAAGAAGAGGUGCUCAACCAAAUCCAGAGUACUAUCCUGCAAGUCCAAGAAGACUGUGAGAAGCUGAAUGCCACUACUGGCACUCUGGUUGAAGAUCAUCACCAGAAACAGAAAGAGAUCAGUGCAUUGUACAAAUCACUGGAGAAACUGGAAAAUGAAAAAGUUGAUAAGGAUUCCCUAGAGAUGGAAAUCCACGUGAAAGCAGAUAAGACUGCUCUUGCAGCAAAGGUCAGUCGCAGCCAGUUUGAUGCCACCACAGAACAGCUACAUAAGAUGAUGCAGGAACUGCUAAAUAAGAUGGUGGGGCAAGAACAAGACUGGCAGAAAAUGCUUGACAAACUCUUGAUUGAAAUGGACUCCAAGCUGGACCGCUUGGAACUGGAUCCAUUCAGGCAGCAGCUGGAGGAUCGUUGGAAAGAUAUUCGGAAACAGUUGAAGCAAAGGGUUCCACAAGACGAAGGCGAUGAGGCUGCAGGGAUCAGAAGGAGACUCCUGGCUCACUUUCACUGCAUUUCUUGUGACCGACCUUUGGAGAUGGUGGUGCCUGGCCCGCGAAUUACGACUCUCCCAGCUGUUCCAGGUUUACCUGCUCAUCAAUCCCUCCGGCCGUAUAUGGUUUAUGAGAUGGAACAAAUCAGGCAACUGAACCGCAACAAUUUGAAAUUAGGACCGGGUGUUCGUUAUGAUGCCCUGGAGAAGAGUGCUAGUCUGAACAAGUUACGCCGCAUCCACUCCAAGAUGCUCAUGGACAUACAGAAGGUGCAGAGUCAUUAUGGCGGAGGUGCCAGGGUCAACGCUCAGAUGAUCAGAGAAGCCCUGCAGUCCCAGUAUCUUGGCUCAAGCCCUUUUGGCAAACGGGAGAGACUUCCAGAGAUGGCUGACUUCAGCUACAUGAGCGUACCUCGACAUUGUGGAGGCAGCCAUACCCUCACCCAUCCAUUCAGACGCUACGUGAAACUGCAACAGUUCAACCAGGGGAUGCCCUCUGCCCAGCCAGAUGAAAACACCAUGCUGGCAAUGAUGAAGCAUGAAGAAGUAGAUAUACUGGGUCUUGAUGGUCAUAUUUACAAAGGACGUAUGGACACACAUCUUCCAUCAAUAACCGGAAAGGAAUCUGUCCCGAGAACAAGAAGCAAGCUCAUUCGGUCUUCCUCACAAAGGCAUCACCCCAUGCUCAGUGACGUGGCCACCCUCCCAGCUCGCCCACAGACUGCAAAAGUGUCGGUGGGCGGCACCUCAGAUGGUCAAUCACCGGUCAUCAGAGGAAUUAGAGACGACAGGCAAGCUUCAAGUCCGGCAGAGGAGUUAAAAUGGCUUGCAAGCAGAAUGACAUCGUAGCAGCUAAAUCAAUAACAGACAAGUCUCAGUUAAGGAACUCUGAAGAGUCUGGAAAUUUGGAGAGAGAAACUUUUGAGGUCCGAAUGACGAUUCCCUCGAGACAACGGUCUGAUGAGCAGUCUACCUAAGCCAAGAGAAGUCCAAUUUUGGACUCACAUAGAACAUGGUUUUCACUGAUGACGCCAGACAAUAAAGAAUGUUCUAAAGGAGAAGGGUACAGAUCUUCUGCUGCCAUGGAGCCGUGGCCCUCUGGCUGUGCCCACAGUGUUUGCAGUCUCUCUUCUUCCUAUAGUGGUGAUCAUAUAGUGAUGUUCCUGGAGGAAUCUGCCGGUGGGUGGGGCAGGGUAGGUGUAGAAGGUGGUAGGGCGGGGUGGGCCUUUCUUCUGCAUUGUUCCACUGAGUCUACAGGUCAUUCAUUUUAUCCACAAUUAGUUCAGUACAAAAUCCUCUAUGUAAAUUGGCUAAAGAUAGCUGGUUUUAAGUAUCGGCUUGUCCCCCUUUUCUAUUUGUUGCUUUGGGUCCACGUUCAAAUAUAAAAAUGGCCAUGUAAAAAGAAAGCUGGUUUUGUAGUCCAAGAAAUUUCUCUCUGCUAUAUGAAAAGAAAGAGAGAUUGGAUGUAUCUCUAUUUUUAUCUCAGAAGUGGGCUGUCUUCUGGCCUCUGACAGGUGACAUAAUAUCAGUAUGAUCUACAUGUUUACAGAUUUUGCAACCAUUGGUGAUUUUCUGGAAAGCUCAGAAAUUCUUGAGAAAACUCUUCUUAGUGCAGAAAUUAUAGCAAGUGAUGCUCUAAUUCAGUGUUUCUCAACCUUGACAAUUUUAAGGCAUGUGGACUUCAACUCCCAGAAUUCCACAGCCAGCAUUGUCAAGGUUGAGAAACACUGCGUCUAAUUCCUGGACUGAGCAAUCUCUGUGGUCAGUGAAUUAUGCAGAAAUAGUAACUUCUAGACAAUGGGUAGCAGCUAUUACAAUAAAUCAGUAUGGAGAGGGAGGGUGAGGAGUCUUUAAACUUGUUCACACUUGUGCUACACUGAGAUUUUAGGGGUGGGAGGUGAGUAAGAUAGGCUUUAUGUAUUGUUAAUGAUUGUGCAGGUCUGUACAUAUGAAUAUACACAUGUACAAGCACAUACCAAACACCACCAAAUUAGUAUCUUAUGCUGCUUCAGCCUUGCCUUAUUAAUUAGAGUUUCUUUUGGCAAACUUUCAUCUAAUCCCAAAUCUGAGGUAUAUUGAUAAUUGCUUGUUGGUAAUUGCUUUUAUAUAAAGCAAAAACUAUUUUUAUUUUCCACUACAAAAUGCAAAAUAGCCAAGCACUUAAAAAUAUCCGCCUGCCUGAGUCCCAUUGAAUUAGUGUGCCUGCAUUACAUGCAGGAUGAAACAAUGACAUGUCCUUGACUGGCUGGUAAGCUGCAUCACCUUUAAAAGCAUUUAAUGUGCCAGUUGGUUAGCUGUAGUUGCCUGUAUGACAGGGUGACUCUGUAAGUGAAAUAGACACUUUAACAGUCACAAUUUAGGUAGCAGAAUGAACCCAACAAAAAUAUUUCUAGACUUCACAAGACAAACAAUUAUUCCCUUGAUCUCAAGCAUACAUUUGAAGUAAUCACACUGUUUCAGUUGGGCAAGCAACUAAUUCCGCUUCUCCGUGGCCAACACAUUUAGUUCCCUAGUGAAUCUUAAAUCACCGCUUUAGAAUUUAGAAAGCUUUCCAAACCAAACAAGACUUUGGUGGAAAAGAACAUUUGGUUUCCCAGUAUGGCUGUGGAUCUUUCAGUGCCUAGUUACAUAAUACAGAAUUUAGCCAGACUACACAAAUAUCGCAGUCUCUCAUCCUGCAACAGAAAAACUUCAUUGCAUUUUUUUAAAAACAUGCAGAGAAGCUAUUGUUCUUGAACUUGAGAACCUCAGCCAAAUAGUUUGUAGGGAUGAGAAUGAGCACUUCCUUUCAAAAAUUUCAUCAUGUAAUUUAGGUGGCUGCUCUGCUUUUCACUAAUACCAUGCAAAGACUAGCAGUUAUCAGGCUGUGCCAGGGCUCACGGACCAGCAGUGGAGCUUCUCUGCCAACAUUGCUACCAUCUUUGCAAAAUGCCAGAGGCAGAAGAAGUGGUCUCUUGGACCCAAGGAAGGUGUCUUAGAUAGAUCUCCUUUGAGUAUUAAUCAUCAAAAAGCUAAUGGCUACAUUGGAAGGAGCAGACUUCUGCUUGUGCAGGGUUGAACCAUCAAGAGAUGAACAACUAGGGGUGUUUUCUUAAUAUAGAGGCUACCAGAUUUGGAUUGCAAGAAUCUGGGUAAUUAGCCACAAAACAUUUGUGUGUUUCUGCUGCAUUCUACCACUUAACCUUGGUCAGUACAAGCUACAGUACAGCUCACUUCCAGCUGCCCUUCUGUCAUUGCCCACCAUGCCUGGGUUCCUCUGUGGGUGUAAGCGGAGUCUACAGAAGAAUACCAUCGGAUUUGUUGUUUUAAAUUGAAGUAUUGUUGAAUGUCAAUUGACCCUCUGCCCUGAGAAUCUCUACUGUAGAUGGCUGCUGCCCCUGUUGUGUUUGCAUUUGUGGCCCUGCAAAAUGCUCAGUAAAACUUGUGUAGUAGA